AUGCGGCGUCAUGGCAGAGCCAGUGGAGGUUCAACCAAAGCUGUGACACCCGUCUCCGACACCGUAUCCCUAAUCCAUUCCUUCGAUUCAUUCACGAACCCGAAUCGCCCGGUGCGCCCGUCGCCAUUGGCUUCAUCUAACAUCCAAGCUUUGCCUUUGGAUCUCAUCGAUCGACUGCGCUCUUUUCCUCUGUUCCAAUCCACUCCGGAGUCGUUUCUCGUCGAUGUCGGACAGCACCUGCGCCCGCAGCUUUGUGCGCCAAACGAUUAUAUAUUGACGGAAGGCGAUGAGGCAAAAGCAAUAUAUUGGCUGGUACGAGGUGCGGUGUCGGUCACUUCAAGAGAUGGCGAAAGUAUAUACGCGGAGCUUGAGCCGGGCGCCUUUUUUGGCGAAAUAGGCGUGUUGAUGGAUCGACCUCGUACCGCCACCAUCGUCGCACGAUCCCGAUGCUUGUUGGUGGUAUUGUCAAAGGAAGAUUUCAGGAGAAUUCUUCCUCGCUUUCCCGAAGUCGAGCAGGCCAUCAGAGACGAAGCUCAAGAACGUUUGAUGAUAUUAGAGAAGAAGAAAAAAGAGACCUCAGUGCCUUCGCCCGAGCUUAUAGAGGCAGGUCGGAGAGGAUCCAAAAGAUUAAGGGAAACCUUCUCCCGCGACAUGUCGCUUACUGAACAGAAUGGUGCAAGCCUAAAGUUCGUCAAUAAAAAACGCAAAUCCCCAAGUCCGGGACUGGCUGAUGGAACUUCAAGUGCGCUAGCAAAUGGGCUCGUUAACGUACGUCUUCUUCUCAAAGAGCUGCCGCUCUUCGCUGGUCUACCCCCCGAUAUUCUUCAUUUCCUAGGCCUAAAUGCGCAGCCUCGAUCAUUCCCGCCGUUCACCGACAUCAUCAAACAAGAUUCCCAGGGACGAGAAGUCUAUUUUAUAGUUCGUGGCGAGGUGGAAGUCCUAAGCGAGAAAAAGGACUCGCGAAAUGGGGGGCGCUCUCUUCCCAAUACCAUUGAAUUUCCCGGUUUCGAGGUGAAAGCGCGCCUGAAACAGGGCCAAUACUUCGGCGAGGUAGUCAGCCUUUCCCUUGCGCCUCGCCGAACAGCAACCGUGCGCUCAAUUAAUGCCGUUGAAUGCCUCAUGAUCAGCGGUGAUGUCCUCACUGAAUUGUGGGAUAAAUGCCCUCAGGAUGUCCGCGAUCAGGUAGAACAUACCGCCAAAGAGAGACUCAAGACUGCGUCUGAUGGCGACGUUGUCAUGUCUGAGGCUGGAGACACCUCUGAUUCCAGUCCCACCGAUGAGAGCUUCAAGAUCAGAUCUGCUCGUAGGCAAUCCAUGCCGCUCUUGACACUUACUGAAACAGAGUUGGAUGGCACGCAAAAGCCAAAUGGGAUAGAUGACCAUGCGGUAUUACGGCCCUCAGACCCAGACCCGUUUCUCAACGUGGGCUUGGAUAAUGUUCGACUGCGCAGUCGACGAGGGUCUGUUGCUCCAUUAUCUCCAGAGGACGUCACUCGAGAUCAGCAGCGACCAUCUCCCCCUUCCGAACCUUUAUCCAGCAGUUCAUCUUUUCGCACCCUUCCAGAUACUCCAGCCACACCGACAGCGCAGAAGACACGGCGCGAACCUAGCAAUGAAAGCCAAGGAACCCUGCCGGAUAACGUUCUCGUGCGGAUUUUUCAAUAUCUCGAGCUACAUGAUCUUCUGCGCCUCCGUGGCGUGUCUCUUCAGUGGUCCGAAAUCCUCAACACGUCCACGAGUUUGCUCCGCUACUUGGAUUUGAGUAUCUAUAAUCGCUGUCUCACUGAUGAUGUACUGGCGAAAAUCGUUUGCCCAUUCAUCCGUGAUAGGCCGCGCUACAUCGAUAUUAGCAACUGCUUUCACAUCACGGAUGAAGGGUUCAAUAAUUUGGUGAACACCUGUGGCUCUAAUAUCGUUGCCUGGAAGAUGAAGAGUGUUUGGGACGUAACUGCGUCCGCUAUCUUAGAGAUGGCUCUGAAGGCCAGCGGCCUGCAAGAGGUGGAUUUGAGCAAUUGUCGGAAAGUCAGCGAUACACUCCUAGCUCGAAUCAUUGGUUGGACCACUCCGGGCCCGUAUAAACCCCCGGAGGACACUGGAAAGGGGGGGAAACCCGUCGUUAAGCCGACGAUAUUGACAUCGACAGGGGCGACUUUCGGGUGCCCAGAGCUUAAAAGGCUGACGCUGUCGUAUUGCAAGCAUGUGACUGAUAGGUCUAUGCAUCACAUUGCAUCUCAUGCAGCUUCCAGGAUUGAAGCAAUGGACCUGACACGGUGCACCACAAUCACUGACCAUGGGUUUCAAUUCUGGGGAAACGCUCAGUUUACCAAUCUCCGGAGGCUUUGCUUGGCUGACUGCACCUAUCUGACCGAUAACGCCAUCGUCUAUCUCACUAACGCUGCAAAGCAGCUGCAGGAAUUGGAUCUGUCAUUUUGCUGUGCAUUAUCAGACACAGCAACUGAAGUCCUUGCUCUGCAGUGCUCUCAAUUGACGUACCUUAACAUGUCAUUUUGUGGCUCUGCCAUUUCUGACCCCUCAUUACGCAGCAUUGGUCUUCAUCUUCUGCAUCUAAGACGUCUCUCAGUGCGCGGCUGCGUCCGUGUCACCGGUGCUGGCGUGGAGUCGGUAGCAGAUGGCUGUACUCAGAUAGAAGCCUUCGACGUCAGCCAGUGCAAAAAUUUAGGUCCCUGGCUUGAAUCUGGUGGACCUAAAAAGUACAAGAACAAAAUAAUUUUCGAUACCGUCGCCGUGAACGGAAGGCUUUACCGAUAG